AUGUCGAUAGCAUCAACACAGUCAGUUUCACAAAAGAAUGUCAAACUUGAUGAGAUUUGGCCUGAACUUGAGGAGGGUAUCUACAAAAUCAUAACAGAGCUCUACAAAGGUUUUCCAAAACAAAAAUGGAUGGCUUUAUAUACUCAUGUUUAUAAUUAUUGUGCAGCUUCACAAUCGAAAACAGGCAAGGUUGGUGUUACCAAACAAUCAAAUGCAGGUGCCAACUAUGUUGGUGAGGAGCUCUACAAUCGACUGAAUAACUUCCUGAAGCGGCACAUGAAAGAGCUGCUAAAGGUAGCCGAAACAAAGAUGGACGAACCACUCUUGAACUACUACUAUACAGAAUGGGAUCGUUAUACCUGCGCAAUGAAAUACAUCAAUAAUAUAUUCCAAUACUUGAAUCGUUAUUGGAUUAAGAGAGAGAUAGACGAUGGAAAGAAAGAAGUCUAUGAAGUUUUUGUUUUGUCAUUGGUUAUCUGGAGAGAUUGCUUGUUCACUCCAUUGAAGAGUAGAUUGACAUCUGCUCUACUGGAUCUAAUCGAAAACGAAAGAAAUGGAUAUCAAAUCAAUACACAUUUAGUUAAAGGUGUUAUCAAUGGUUAUGUGAGUCUUGGAUUGAAUAGAGAAAAACCAAAGGAAACUAUUCUACAGGUCUACAAAACCAGCUUUGAAGAAUUAUUUUUAACCGCAACAGAGAACUACUAUACAAACGAAUCUGUAAAGUUUAUCUCUGAAAAUACAGUUGCCGAGUACAUGAAGAAGAUUGAGAAUCGUUUGAACGAAGAAGUCAAAAGAGUACAACAAUAUCUCCAUCCGAGUACAGAAACAGAUCUUAUUUCAAGAUGUGAAAAGGUUUUGAUUGAAAAGGUGGUUGAGGUGAUAUGGAACGAAUUCCAAAAUCUUUUGGAAACAGACAAGAUUGCCGAUCUAACCAGAAUGUACUCUCUGCUAUCGAGAAUUCCAAAAGGAUUGGAACCUUUGAGAGCAACUCUCGAAAAACAUGUGCAAAACGUUGGUUUGCAAGCUGUUUCCUCUAUUGGCGCUGUUGGUGCAACUGAUCCGAAAUUAUAUAUUGAGACAUUACUUCAGGUGUUUAAGAAAUAUAAUGAUUUGGUGACAGGUGCGUUCAGAUGUGACACUGGCUUUGUUGCAUCACUCGAUAAAGCUUGUAGAAGAUUUAUUAAUGAAAAUGCAGUUACACAAGCAGCCAAAUCAUCAUCGAAAUCACCAGAGUUGUUGGCCAAAUUCACCGACUUUUUAUUAAAGAAGAGUCCAAAGAAUCCAGAGGAAGCAGAGAUGGAUCAAUUAUUAAAUGAUGUCAUGAUUGUAUUUAAAUAUAUUGAAGACAAGGAUGUAUUCCAAGAUUUCUAUUCAAAGAUGUUAGCGAAGCGUCUUAUCCAUGGUACAUCGACAUCCGAGGAUCUCGAGGGUGUCAUGAUUGGAAAGCUCAAGUCGACCUGUGGAUACGAAUAUACCUCGAAGCUUCAGCGUAUGUUUACCGAUAUGUCGCUGAGUAGAGAGCUACUCGAUCGAUUCAAUCAGCAUCUCGAGGAGCAAUCGGCAUUGGGAGGUAUCGAUUUUAGCGUUUUAGUGUUGGCCACCGGAUCAUGGCCAUUACAACCACCUGCAACCAAUUUUAGUAUACCAAAAGAGUUACAAGCAUGUGAACAAUUGUUCCAGAAAUUCUAUCAAGUUCAAUACUCUGGUAGAAAAUUGAAUUGGCUACAUCAUCUAUCAAAGGGUGAAUUAAAGACUAAAUACUUGCCAUCCAACAAGAGUGGAUACACACUACAAUGCUCCACCUAUCAGAUCGGUGUUUUACUUCAAUUCAACACAGAUGAAGAGCUAACUGCAGAAGAGAUUCAAGGUUCAACUCAAUUAAUUGAUCAUGCAUUGAAGGGUACUCUAACUACAUUGGUUAAAUCAAAGAUUCUGUUAGCUGAUCCACCCAUUGAGGAUGAGAUUCCAAAGACAACCAAAUUCACUCUAAACAAACAAUUUAAAAACAAAAAGACAAAGAUCUUUAUCAACGUACCACUGGCUCAACAGGCAAAGGAGGAGACCGAUACCACUCACAAGACUGUAGAAGAAGACAGAAAGCUGCAGAUCCAGGCCGCCAUCGUUCGUAUUAUGAAGAUGAGAAAUCAUUACAUUAUGAAUUAUGCUUCUUUCAGUGAUAAAGCAUCAUCAACAACACAAAAACCGCCUAUCUUUAUCACUCAACCAACACACAACACAACUCAACUCAUAAACUCAACUCAAUCAUCAUUCGUACAAUAA